AUGGACCAACAACCUCCAAUCUCGCGUUUACCCCCUGAGCUUCUGGUUCGGAUUUUAACCUUUGUUGGUUUGACCGGUGGUCCGCCCGCCUUGAGGUCAUGUUUGUUGGUGUGUAGGGGUUUCUACGGGGUUAUCGAAGACCCUACUCUUGACAAGCAUAUCUAUAGAGCUGCCGCCUUUUCACUUUUAUCUUAUGAUCCCCUCCUCUUCCCUCCAUCUACUCUCUCAGGAACCCGCGUACCUCCCACCUCCGUCACACCAUCUGCUCGGAGACAGACCUACAAGGCUUUGGCUCGCAACUUGUUCCUGUCCCGUCAGCGGUUCCCGCCCGAGGUACAUCGUGCGUCUGUCACACAUGUUCCAAAAGUAUGCCUAGCAACCUCGUACGGACCUAACCCUGGGAAUCGUGGCCCCGAGAUCGAGGACGCCUUUUGUACCGCUACUCUAUCCAAGAAUGAGAUGAAGGCGGGUACGCUGCCGCCUUUAUCGGUAGAUCCCGCGGGCCGAAAGGUUGUGCGAAUAAUUGAUUUCGUUCACUCGUGCACUGAGGCCUCUCGGACCUAUUAUAAUGUCGCCUAUGUUGGCGUGAAGACGUGCGGCUGGAGCGACUCUCUACCUCCAGGAAUUGAUACCACUGUCCACCAAGGAGAGACUGCGAAUUGGAUACUAUUUUCUGACGACCCCAGAAGUUUUCCCGAGUCACGCGAUGGUAAUACAAUCACUGUUCAACGGGCAGCUAUUGUUGGCGGGGCACCCCCGCAUCGCUCUGGUUCCCCACUAGCUACUGAAUCGCAAGCAUGCCGGAGGAUGGAAGAGGAAACGGAGGGCUCUAAAUUGUUGAGAGUAGUUGAGGCACCUGCGCCGCCGAGCCUGGUGGAAUUGGUCGGGCAGCAGCAGCGGGUUAAGAGCCCAUUCAUCAGGCCCGUGGAUCAUGAUAAAUUUAUUAAUUCUCAAAAAUGGGGCCCUCCGGGAAAGAGUAUCCAUGCGAGCAUAUAUAGAGCGUUUGGAACACAGGAUCCCAGGAAGAAACACGAGUCAAAAGAUCAGAUUGGACGGCAUGUCCCCCCAGAAUCGGGGCUUACAUCUGAGGAGAUUCUCUGGACCAUGGAUAAGGUAGCAGACGCGGGACUUAUCGGAUUUGGGAAGAGUCUUUUACAUUCGGAUGCAAACCUGAGAUUAGUGCCAAGGCUUGUCAAGAAGCAAGUGGAGGUCGCGGCAGUUGAAAGACUCGCGAUGGUAAGCUCAGACAAGAACGAGGUGGUCGUCAAUAUGGUGUGGAAAAUGCCUGGGAGCAUUAAGGAUCUCAGUCUUGAUUCCGCCACUUCCCUUGAUUCCGAUGAAAUGUGGGAUGACGAUGCGGGUGACAUUAAAGUGUGCUGGGAGUUCAGGAGUUGUGGGGCUUAUCUUAUAGUUUGUGAUGACAGUAGUGGGCGUCGCGCUUCGACUGUCAGCUGCUUCGCUGGACGAGUGUCCAAAGUCUCUGGUUCAUCUGGCAAGCCUUCUCCUUCUGCACCCGCCUCGGGUCUUAGGUGGCAACGCAGGAUGGUUGUCAAACCUUCCGUUUCAUCAGCAGAAUACUGGCUUGAUAAUGACGGCCUUGCAGUCAAUUCCUCUGUUUGUGCAUAUUCUACGCGACGCCACAUUACCCCUGCUACCAAUUCCAAUCCUGAGAGAUACCGUGCUGUGAUGGAGUUUCAUCUCUUGAGCUUACAAACCGGAGAUACUGUCAAGAUACUUAAUCUUGCAGAGGAAGAGCGCAAUAUAAUUCGUCAGUGUUACAUGUGGUGCUCUUUUACGCUUGGCGAUGGUGUUCUUAUUGCUAGUCUCGGAGGUCUUGGAAGCGCUGCCCGUCCUACGGACGAAGAUGGUUAUUGGGGUCGUACGGGCCGCAGGAGACGCUAUGGGUAUGAGAAUGUGUUUGUCUGGGAUCUCGGCAGUGAGCCUGAUCCCACUCCAGACGCCAUUCCAGCCGUCGGACCUUUCCGUGGUGAUAUCAAAGGUGAAGCUCCCAUGACCAGGCCUACAUCGCGUAUUCCCGUCCCACGGGGAUGGGGCAACUUGGACAAGUACGUAGUCUUGUCGGGUUGCGGCCGCUACCUUGGCGUAACGGCGGAAUGGAAAACCGCGGUGUGGGAUUUAGAAGAGAGAUCUUUUGUUGGAGUUUGGGGUGUCGAGAAUGCCGAUGCCCUCCAAGCUUCACUACUCAGCUCCGAGGAUGGGUGCCCUGCCUGGAAUGGUCUCUGGAUUAAAUGGCGCGACGUCACCUACCUGGACGACACCUCCGAUCCCGAUCCCGUCGCUUCCGGCAUGUCGUACAUCAGUGCCCGCGACCUCCGCUGUGCUAUAGGUGGUGUGGACAUGGAAAUAGACGGAAGUCAGAUCUGGGUGGAUGAGUCCGAGUCCGACUAUGAAGGGGAGGAUGGCAGCACCUAUGGGGAGAGCGACGAGGAUAGUAACUACACCACCUCCGGUCCAUGGAACUGGUGGGGCCCCGAUGGCCAUCCACUGGCGCCGCCGGCACCGGCGCCCCUACAGCAGGAGGGGGGAGAGGCUAGCAAUGCCAAUGCUCCCUCCGGAGCACCACUCGCCGAUUCACCUGAAGACCUAAUAGAAGUUCUUGGAAUCGAUGGUGGGGGCAUCGGGUACAUGGGGUGGGCCAGCUGACUCGUGGGAUUGUCCUUGUAUGCUUUUGCCUUCGUUACCCUAUAUUUUGAGACGUGAGGAGACCGAUACCCUUUAUUUCUUGAAACCAUUGAAGGCGAAUAAGGUGGGAGGGGGUUGUGUGAUUUCCUUGUUGGAGAUAAAAUUAUAGCGGAACAUUUAGCUAGGGAAUGUGUAAUACGGUACUUUAAAUGGGUGGCUGGGUUUUUCCUUUCUUUGUAGCUCCCUCUGGUGCUUACUUGCUUGCUUUAAUUUCAUGACAUCGGUGCGGUGUGGGACUGGUCUUUCUUCUUUCUUAUUUAUUUUUCAUAUUUCCCAAGUUAUCGGAUUACCUAUUCUUCAUGGGGUGUCACUCCUGUUUGUUUUCUGACCUUUAGCUUAUGCUUGAUUUGAAGCGAAUCGGAGGUGACUGGGUGCGUAUGUUUUAUCGUAUUUUUCAAGCACUGGGAUAUCUCCAAUAAAAAGAAAAACUAUGGCACAUUACCGUGUCCACCACUA